AUGGCUGGGAUUGUUCUUUCGGUUGUAGUGGCCGCAAACGAUACUCGGAAGCACAAGAUUCGAUCAUUCGAGGGGCGUUAUGGAUCCGAAUCCGUCGGACCAUCGGCUCCUUCACCGACUGCUCCAGAUAUAGGCCCGAAUCGCUCUGCCCAACAAUCGGAGCCUGUAACGCCGGCUUGGAAUGUGACCAGCAAUCAGCCUCAGCCGCAAGAAAAUCUCUCCUGUGAGGAUGGCAUUGCAGGGAUCAGUCCAGCAACGGACCUGACAUCGGGGCCCGCGUUCGAAUCUCAAGUCAAAUACCUCCUUGAUAGAUCGAAACCAUGUGUGUCCCCGGCGUCCGGGAUGCAUCCCAGCCAUCGAGGUCCACGCGAGUCUGGACCACGAUGGACAUCGGCCCGGACGCUGGUCAAUGAUGCCGACGAACCAACGAUUCCAUCGCUAGAGGAGUCACAUCAUUUACUCGAUAAGUUUCUCUUCUAUCUUGGCGUCAACCAACACUUCUUUGAUCCGCGUUCUUUCUGCGAUUCCAUGGUGCUACUAUUUCAGACUCCCGAGACCUGGGAACAGCAGAAGCGUACUACCUGGUACACCGAAUAUCUCUUGGUCAUGGCGAUGGCGAAACUCAUGGAUGUAGAGCAAUCGACCUGCCAGCCUCCCGGAUCAGACUUGUUUGCAGAGGCCCUGCGGCGUCUUCCUCCAUUGCAUCUUUUAGGAGGCGAGGGGGUUAUUACAGUUGAGAUCCUCACUUUGAUUGCGACCUAUCUCCAAUGGUGCGACCGAAAGCACGACGCUUACCUUCAUAUUGGGAUUGCACUACGACUAGCCAUUGCCCUGGAGUGUAACUUGCCAGAAAAUGAACAAGGCUGUCUCCCAUCCGAAAGUGCGCACAGGGUGAGACUGUGGUGGACUGUUUCUGAUAUGCGCAGACGCUUGUCAUCGAGUCUCGGGUUGCCCGCGGGGGCCGAUGAACGGCAGCUCCGUGCAGGGCUUCCUCGACAUGCCUUGGGGUUCCCGUCCCCGGUGGCCAUUACGAUCAAUGUCCGGAUUGCGCGUGUCACUGAUGAGAUCAUGUCUUCUUUGUAUGGCAAUGCUUCCGUCAGCCAACUUGAGCUCGUUAGAAAGAUACAGUCCACUCUCCAAGAACUCCAUAACACAGUUCGCUCGUUUCCCCAUUCACUGGUUCUGGACUUCAACCGGCCACUGCAGUCGGUAACACGCACGGGUUCAUCGUUAUACCUGAUGCUGUUUCAGGCCAUCAUCUUGUGUACACGACCAAUAUUGCUGCGGAGGGUUCGCUUAGACGUCGAGAGACAGCAGAAUGCACGUCCCCUAGAACCCGUGCCUGACAUACUGGCGAGACUCUGUGAUACGUGUAAAGAAGCGGCAACUCGAAGCCUGGCUAUACUUUACGUACUUCAAAAGCAACAAACCAUUCCUCCACCACCUCGUUAUAAUGCUGUGGCCUCGGAUCGAGAACGGUAUUGUCCCGAUGAAAGUCGACUUUUCGAGCCAUGGGAGCAGUCUGUCGGUUCGGAUACGGUGUUUGACAUGCAAGGGGACUGGGGGGUAGACCUGUCUGGUGAAGCGGAAGGGAUAUAUUCGAGUUUCCACAAUCCGACCCUGCCGUUAACGGGAGUCGAUUAUAUGGAUUGGCUGGAGAUUGAGAAGGUCUUCAAUGGCCCAGAAGGGGCUUAG